ACUAAUCCAUUUUGUUUGUGAAAUCGGAAAUUAAAGCAAAAAGAAAAAUGGCGUCGGCGAUCGUAAGGUCGAGUCUCCGGGCGGCUCUUCGUGGUGGCUCACGCCCCAAUCCGGCUUCUAAGAGGCUGUUUUCUUCCGGCGCAUCGGCUGAUGAAGAAGCUCAUGAAGCUGCAAAAUGGGAGAAGAUAACGUACGUAGGCAUUGCUGCUUGCACAAUUCUGGCAUUUGUUAACCUAUCCAAGGGCCAUCCUCAUUUUGAGGAACCACCUCCAUAUCCAUACUUGCACAUUCGUAACAAGGAGUUUCCAUGGGGUCCCGAUGGUCUCUUUGAAGUCAAGGAACACCAUUGAAGCAAAUAUUUGAUCUUGCAUGUUGCAGCAUGUUGUAGGGAUACCUACUUUUCACUUUUGUGUCAUUCAGUUGGACUCUGUCUGGGUUGACUCGUUGGACUCUGUCUGGGUUGACUCGUUUUCUGCUGAAUUUGAUCAUUUCUAUCAUGUCAAGAUGCUAUUGCUUUUACAAAUAAAGAGUUUGUGAAUGCUUUGUUGUUUAAGAAAUUUUAUCAACAUGUUUAUAUGGUGGCUUUGUGCUU